CCAUGAUUUCAUUGGAGAAUUCACAACAAGUUACAGAGAGUUGUCAAGAGGGCAAUCUCAAUUCAACGUGUAUGAGGUAAUAAAUCCAAAGAAAAAAGGAAAAAAGAAAAAGUAUGUUAAUUCUGGAACAGUAACAUUGCUUUCCUUUCUAAUUGAAACAGAAGUUUCAUUCCUUGACUAUAUUAAAGGCGGAACCCAAAUCAAUUUCACAGUAGCUAUUGAUUUCACAGCCUCAAAUGGUAACCCUUCACAGCCUACUUCACUGCACUACAUGAACCCCUAUCAGCUGAAUGCUUAUGGCAUGGCACUGAAAGCAGUAGGCGAAAUAAUUCAGGACUAUGAUAGUGACAAAAUGUUCCCAGCUCUAGGCUUUGGAGCUAGACUGCCUCCAGAUGGAAGAGUAUCACAUGAAUUUGCACUGAAUGGAAACCCUCAAAAUCCAUACUGCCAUGGAAUUGAUGGUGUAAUGGAGGCAUAUUACAGGAGUCUAAAGUCUGUACAGCUUUAUGGACCGACAAACUUUGCCCCUGUAAUUAAUCAUGUAGCCAGAUAUGCUGCUUCAGUAAAAGAUGGCUCCCAGUAUUUUGUUCUUCUCAUUAUUACAGAUGGAGUUAUUUCUGAUAUGGCUCAGACGAAAGAAUCUAUAGUGAAUGCUUCAAAACUUCCAAUGUCAAUAAUUAUAGUGGGAGUAGGACCAGCAGAGUUUGAUGCUAUGGAGGAAUUGGAUGGUGAUGUAGUGAGGAUUUCUUCAAGAGGAAGAUUUGCAGAACGAGACAUUGUGCAGUUUGUGCCGUUCCGGGAUUACAUCGACAGAAGCGGAAAUCAUGUGUUAAGCAUGGCGAGACUGGCUAAAGAUGUUUUAGCUGAGAUCCCAGAGCAGUUUCUGUCCUACAUGAGAGUCAGAGGAAUAAAGCCAUCACCUGCACCACCACCCUAUACACCCCCGAUUCACGUGUUGCAGACUCAGAUAUGACAGCUCCAAAGUGCUUCACAUUUGUCACAAGUCUGGAUAACUUCUUGGAGCUAGAAAAAUUCGCUUCACAUACCAAAAUUCUCCUGUGGUUGCAUGAGCAACUGGAAAGCUUUUAAAUGCUAAGAGCAAAUUGUUGAUGUUUUCUCUGAGUCUUUUUUUUCUUUUCCCCACAAAAAAAACCCUGCUUUUUUGAUGUAUGUAUUGAAGGGGAAAGCACAAGUCAGGAUUUUAACUCAGAAGAUACUGUCCUCUCUGAAUACCGUGUG